UUGGGUGUGAGUUCCUUCCUCCUUUGUUCCUCGAACUGAGUUAACCUUGAAAAGGAAAUAGAGGGAGGGCUCUUGGUUGGCAACGAGCACACGAUUCACCUGGGGUCUCGUUAAAGUAGAGAUCCAGGUUCAGGAGGUCUGGGUCGGGGGCCACCGAUCCCGCAUUUCUGAGAAGCGCCAGGCAUGUGGAGAAGUGGCCGAGGGGCGGGCAGAGGUGGAUUUAGCUGCCUCCCCCUCACACUUUGGGCUCGCCUUCCUCCCACAUCUUCAGGAGCAGAAGAGCCACCUGACUCGAAGUGGAUGUUGGGGCUGAAGAAAUAAAUAGCAGCACCCUACUUGCUUUUAACAGUGGGGGGAAACACGUAAUGGAAGAUCCAAAAUGAUCGUCACUGGCCAAGGCUGCUUCUCACUUUCUUCCGUUCUCAAAAAUCCUGACCGUGAAUGAGUCAGAUGAUAAGUACAGUGAUAUUAACCACAGCCACCUGAGGCCCCCUCUGGUCUGGCAUCGUUGGUAUUUUUUCCUCCCAGAAGCCUGGGGCAUCUGAAGUAAAUAUUACUCUCCCAUUUUAAAGAUGAGCAAACUGAGGCUCUGAGAGGUUUACUACGUGGUCCAGGGCCAUGUACCCAGCAAGGAUGGAGCAUGAAUGUGGAUCAGGGCUCUCUGGCUUUCACUGCACCCACAGUCCAGGAGGGGGCUGGGAUGAGCAUUUGUACUCCAUAGAGAGGGGUGCUCCCCCCUUUUUUUUGGGCAGAGGGACUGGUAAGCCUAGAUGAAAGGACCUGCAUUCUGGAAUUUUCCUCAUGCACCCAGCUGUAAUGACGAAUUACUCAAUUGGGGAUUUUUAAGUCUGAUUUUUUUUUUUAUCACACGUGGCCCCCAGAAUAUUAAUUGAUGAGCUUGGUUUAUUCUGAAAGGCAUGUUGCCUCAAUGCAAAGUUGAGGCUGCCUCUGCUGAUUUCUUUAUUUUUCUAACUUUUUCAUUCAAAUUUACAUAAAAGCACAGAGAAUAAUGACCCUGGUAUUCCCACUGCCUGGGUUCACUCAUGCUCAACACAUGACCAUUUCGUCUUCACCCCACCUCCACUCCCCGCCCCCGGAUUAUUUUGAAGCAAAUUCUAGACAUCCUCUCAGAUGCUAUUUUAGUAGCAAAGUAAACCAAGGAGAAAAGAUACUGUCUUUCCUCUACCAAGGUGAAAAGCAGCUUUCCAGAGGGUCUGUAGGAUGACUAGAGAAUUUAAAAUAGGAUGUUGGAUGAGGAACUCAGUUUUCAAAGUAAUAUAAACAAACAAAAGGCAACUUUUAAAGAUACUGUUAGAUCACUGCUGAAUUUAGGAUUAAAUCAGCCUUUUCCCCCCCAAAUCAAAUGUGCUCCAGAAGUUCGUGGGGAAGGGGAUGUGUGUGCCUUGGGACGCUGUCCUCCCUACCCUGAUCUGACUCUGCUGUCUAGACAGAGCACCACCCCCAACCUGUGUCCAUUUUUUAGAGCAGUUUUAGGUUUACAGAAAAAUUGGGCAAAAGUACAGAGUUCCCAUGAUCCCCCUCCCCCCCAAAGUUCCCCCUAUAUUAACGCCUUGGAUUAGUAUCAUACAUUUAUGAACUAACACGUUAUUUUUUUUUUCCAUCAGGUUUCACUCUUGGUGUUGUACGUUCUACAGGCUUUGACAAAUGUAUGAUGUCAUAUGUCCACCGUGACAGUGUCAUACAGACUAGUGUCACUGCCCUAGAAAUCCCCUGGACUCCAGCUAUUCACCCUCCCUCUCCUCUAACCUUUCAACCACUGAUCUUUUUACUGUCUCCAUAGUUGAGUCUUUUCCAGAAUGUCGUAUUGUUUGACUCCUACAGUAGAUAUUCAGACUGGCUUCUCUCUCUGCGCAAUAUGCGUUUAAGUUUCCUCCAUGUCCUUUCCUGGCUUGGUAGCUCACUGCUUGCUAGUGCUGAAUACUACUCCACUGUGUGGGUGUGUGGUGGUUUAUCCACUGACCUAUUUAAGGACAUCUUAGUUGCUUCCAAUUUGGGGCAAUUAUGAAUAUAGGUGCUAUAAACAUGUGUGUGUGUGUGUGUGUGUGCGCGCAGACGUAAGUUUUCAGCUCACGUGAGCAAGUACUGAGUGCAACGGCUGGGCUGUAUCUCAUGUAGAAUUUUUAGGGUGACUUGCCAAGAUUUUUCUUUGGUCAAUGGCUUCAAUCAGAAUGUUUAAAUUGAGGUGUAGUGCACAUAAAGUUAGGUGCACGGAUCCUAAAUGUACAGUUUGAUGAAUUUUUAAUAUGUGUGCACACAAGGGAUCAAGAUACAGAGCAUCUCCAGCAGCCAGCAGGCCCCCUGUGUGCCUUCCCAGUCGCUGCCCCCUCUACCAUCCCAGAGAGAACACUGCUCUGACUUCCAGCACAACCCAUUCUGGCAGUCAGGCAGCUCCCAGCCUGCAGCUUUGGAAAGGAAAUUUUUUUUGAAGGGGAGAGGCCAUUAGUGGCAGUUUGCUUCAUUUUGGUUUGUUUUGAACAGAGCCUAAAUUCAUCACCAAAUUCUUCCUGCCGGUCAGGAGCAGGGAUUGGCACAAAUUCUGGGUGAAUAUUUUCGGCUGUGCUGGCCAGUGCAUGAGUGAAUUCCAAUAAGACUUUAUUUAGAGAAACAGGAAGUGGGCCAGAUUUGGCCCUUGGGCCAGAGUUUGUGAUUCCAGGAUAGAGCAGUGCUUGUCCUUGGUGAAGUUCACGUCCAGGCCCCACUCUAGAUCUGAACCUGCGUGCUCUGGGACUGGGGAAACCCUGUGCUCCUUUCAAGGCCUCCUCAGGUAACUGUGAAGCACAGGCCAGGUUGAGAACCUACUGGGUUUCCCUUCAAGGGGGAGACAACAUGUGUCCUCGGCCCAGAAACUGUGAAAAUAGAUUUACACUUUAACAAGAGCCCAGCAAGCCCCUCCCUACCUUAACACUGAAUUAGGUAAUCUCAUCUCCCCUUUCACUGUCUGUCAUUCUCCCCUCCUCCUCUUGAGGUAACAGGCUUCUGCCUUUCCGGGUUGGGGGAGCGUGAUGGAUACUGACCGGCAAACACUCCCCACGAAGGCUGAGGGUAAGGAAGCUUCCUCGGUGAAAGCAGAGGGGCUGGGGGAAUAGGGCAGAUCAGGAGUCUUGGGGGAUCCCUGCUCAGAUGAAAAAGUCAGCCCCUGGGGAGUGAGAGAGAGUAAGCUGUGGUCAGAGGGGGAAUUUUACCAUUUGGCUCCUUGGAGGUGGAACAGUUUCGAGUGACUGUGAAGCUGAGAUAACAGUUGUUCAGUUACUGAGUGUGGUCUGUGUUUCAGGCACUUUCUACGCGCCACCUUCACUUGAUCUUUUUUCACUGAGUACCCUAGGCAGUGGCCAUGGUUGCCAUUCCCAUUUUACAGAAGUGGAGACUGAGGUGAUGAGCGGUUAUAUAGCUUAGGGAUGGCCAUGGAGAUGGAGCUACUCAGAGGCUGAAGCCAGGAUCUGGACCCUGGCAGUCAGGCACCUCUGUACCAUUUGCCUCUCAAGGGGGCGACCAGGUAGGUGCCAGUGAGGGUGAGUUGGAAGCCAGUGGCAUUGAGAUAUGGAGGGGACUUUGGUGCAUCUGUGCUCUGUGGCUAUGGAAGUGGCAGGAGAGAAGGCUGGGGGCACAGGGGACCCCAUGGUAGGGAAGGGUAGGCAGGCUCAAGCCACAGCCUUCAAAACCCCCAAAACUAGAAAGCCGAUCUGAGACCACAUUCGUGUUCGCCGGGGGCACGGGCCAGGCAAACUCCAGAGGUAGACUGAGUCAGGCUUUGGAGGGUUGCCCAGAGAGCAGCCUGCAUAAAACAGGAUGAAAGCAGGAUCUGAAAGUACAACGAGCAUCCUUUUCUGCUUGCUUUUGGCUUGGUUUGAACAACAGCAGCAACAACUGUAAUACCUUCCACUCAAGGAAACAGUCAGGUACCCAGGACCCAACUAAACAGAACUUUCCAACAACUGGAAUUUUUUCUGCAUUUUCUGUCAGGAAACCACAGUCUAAAAAAGAAAAACAGUGGGUGGGCAGGGGAUUUAUUCGAACGCAUACCUUCCAGGUAUCACCCUGGGUCAGUGUACUCUUGGGUCCGUCCUACACCUCUUCAGUCUAUGCUGUCCUACAGCGAGGACAGGUGUUCCCAGUGGGCCUGCGCGGGCUGGUCUACACGGCCCGAUACAAGGGACGUUUGCCGAGAACUGGGAUGCCAGGCGCUCCCGGGGAUACAAAAUUAUCUCAAACGUGGUCUCUGCUGUUGAGGGAUGUUCAGCCACUAGAAGAGGACUCGUUUAUUUUCAGGGUGAAGAGGGAAAGAUUGUGUUAAGAUAGUUGAAAGCUCCUCGGUAAGGUUUAAGGCGGAAAGGGUGUUAAGAGACUCCCAAGAGUCUUAUCUCCUGUAACAUUCCAGGUUUGCGACUUCUGUGUGAUCAUGUAGUUCUUAAAUGCCAGGUACGGCUGCCAGGAGAACUCAGCAUCCGCGAGGCGCAGGAGCACGCGCCCCCCAGUGACGUGAGGCUUCUGCACCCGUGGGCUGCACGUGGAUGUUCAGUGACUGGCGGAAUAACCCAACCUUUCCCUUUGGGGAACUGGUCGCUGUCCCUGCCAGGCACCCGUUGGCCACUUUCUUCCACCUGUUUUUCCGGGUGAGCGCCAUCGUCACCUACGUGUGCUGUGACUGGUUCAGCAGAAGCUUUGUGGGCUGUUUUGUCACCGUGCUUCUCCUCCUGUCCUUCGACUUCUGGUCAGUGAAGAAUGUAACCGGACGACUCAUGGUGGGCCUUCGCUGGUGGAACCAGAUAGAUGAAGAUGGGAAAAGCCACUGGAUUUUUGAAGCCAGAAAGGUCUCUCCAAAUAACACGGCUGCCACGGAAGCGGAAGCAAGGGUCUUCUGGCUCGGCCUCAUUAUCUGCCCGAUGAUCUGGAUCGUGUUCUUCUUUAGCUCCUUAUUUUCCUUGAAGCUCAAGUGGCUGGCCCUCGUGAUAGCUGGGAUCUCUCUCCAAGCCGCGAACCUGUACGGCUACGUCCUGUGUAAGCUGGGAGGCGAGAGUGACAUCAGCAAGGUCACAGCCAGUUUCCUGUCCCAGACGGUGUUCCAGACGGCCAGCCCAGGCGACCUUCAGAAGCCUGGCCUCGAGGGCCUGGAGAUUCACAAGCAUUAGGUAAGAGGUGGGAUGGAGGUGGCAGUCUGACGGUGCAGGGCUCGGGGGCUUUGGAAGUGCAGCUCCCCCUAGGCUCAACUGUGCCUGUGGUGUGGGUGGGCUCCCCCCAGGGCCCCGCAUGGCUGGGCGAGUAGCCCGGGGAACCAGCCUGUGCACCGGGCCUUCCCGGGCUGUGCAGCCUGGAGGUUCUUCAGAGGGAUCCCAACUUCCUUGCCUUGAACACGUGCAGGUUCUACCCUGUGCAGACUUGGGGGAGGUGUGGGGGGCCGCUAAGAGGCUGGGAGGGAAAGAACAAGGGGAUUUGCCUGCCCUUCCAAUUCCGUGCCCAGGACAAGGUGGGAAACAGGAUUUAUUCUUCCCUCAGCUGGUCUCGGUUCCUGUCUCCCAAACACAGAGUGAGCGUCUCAUGGCAACGAGAAUCGUCCCAGAGUCUGCGUCUCCCUCCUUUCCAUUUAAAGAACCCUGUAAACUGUCUCGUCCAACACUGGGAAUGACUGGAUACAGUGGACACACAUUCAGAUAGAGGGUGUCAACGCAGACCCCCAGGUCUGCUCACAGGGGAUAUUUCCGAGCACAGCCCCAGCGCGUCGUGUGUGCUGAGCUCAGAACAAGCCCCAGCGUGAGGCUCCAGCACCGCCUUUACUUCUCCUCCAUCUGAGAACACGGUUUGCACUACCCUGACUGUAUGUAUCUGCAGCGAAGCCACGCAUUCAUCCUUUCGGUUCUUUUUAAGGCUGAUUUUCCGAGGCAGUGAAGGCUUCAGUGAGAGGUUCUGUAAUCAGGCUACAAAAGUCCUGGAUUCCUGGAAGACAGGACGCAGGCACAGAAGCACGGACGGCUCAUCAGCCUCUCAGGAGGCCCUGCCCUGGGCUGGCGAGGCAGCAUCUGGGUGGGGCAGGGCCCCCAGAGGGCUUAAUCCCCCAAGAAGCCCUGUUUCAGCUGAUGCCCUGAACCUUCGAAAGUGAGCGGGGUACUGCCGGCUGCCCACCGUGGUCAUCAUCACACGUGGGAGGCCUCAGGCCAGCACGUCCUGCAGAUAGGGACUCCCAGAGAUGGUGUCAUUUCCCCUCCGCACCGUCUCACUGGGCCAGCUCUACUGAGGUCUCCUUCCCAUACCGCAGUCUUCACUUGCACCGUGCUUUCUGAACUGUGCUACAGUUCACGACGCUGACGUACUGGAAGAUUUCUCACAGGCUCCUGGCUUCCAGGGCUGAGGGGGUCGUCCCAGACCCCACUGCCCCCACCGUCCCCAGCCGAGGCUGCAUGGCAGUGCCCAUUUACGAUCCUGAGUGGGAUCGCCUCAUACCCAACCCACUGCUCACUCAUGUCACUCCCUGGCCCUGUGGCCAUCUGGAUUCACGGACUGACCUGAACACUUACUCUGAAUUAUACUUCUGUAGGCUAAAGCGGCUGGUGAAUCCGGUGCUUCAACGAAAAAAGACUGUCCUUUGUCGCAACUUUUACCUUAAAGAAAUGAAAGAAAGUUAAAUCCAUGAAGGAAGCACCAUGGAGACAUGAACUUGGGGCUCUUGCUGUGCCUGGGGCGCUAUGACCUUUGUGAGCCCACCUCACUUGGCGUCUCCAGGACCUGGCCGGCCUCCCUCCACCCAGCAAGGACCCUGGCUCGCAUCUCCUUGCGGCUCUGGCCACUGCUCUCCAGUGGUGUCCCUGUGAGUCACCUGGAAUAUGCAGCACAUGCAAGCUCCAGGCCCCCUGAAGGAUGGACUGGGCAGCUCCCGGGUGGGCCCAGGAGCCUGCAGGUGAAAGAUCAACCCAUUCCUUGGGUAAAAAGAUAAUGACUGCACACGGUAACAGAGCAUGGGAUGUAAAGGUCACACGUGAAAAGUGAGUUCAGAAGAGGCUACCAGUGUUUCAGGUGUCUUUCUAGAAACAGUAUAUGCAUGUAAGUGUGGCACAUAUACACAUUACACACUCACGCACUUAAAGCAACGAAUGGGUGUGUACGGUGCACACGUUCAGCCCAUUGCCGCCUCCGUGUGUAACUAUCUGGAAGGUCGUUCCACAGUGGCAUCAAUCUUGGCUAGUCUGUCUCAAGCCUGUCCACUCCAGUGCCUCUGGACUUGCAGGUUGUCUCUAGGACUGCAUGUCAUCACAGCGCCCAGGGGAGCGUGAGACAGGGGCCUCGGGCAGGCGGUGUGCUCCCCUCCUCCUUCUGAUCCUGUUCCCUGGAUGCUGAGCUUGGCCGGAGAAGCAGGGUCAGUGGUUCCACAACCCAUGGCUACUCCCCAGGCUCCAGGUGGACCCUGGCCAGGCCAACUGUGAGCUGUGGUUUUCUCAGCUCCCCAGCAUGUCGCCCGGUGGGACAGGGACACCUGAGAGGGGGAUGGCAGAGGAGGGGGUCCCCAUGGCCCAGGUGAGGUGGGAAGCCCCAUGAAAAAGACAGCAGCACCCCCCAGGCAGGGCCACUACCCUCCUGCCAGCACAUUUGGUUCCCUGGCCCAGCAUUAUUUCGCUUUUUAAAUUCCAAAACGGCUUACUUCUAGGAAAGAGGAACUUACCCCUAAGAGUCUAUUGGUUCCCUGAGCUAACUUCUGAUUGGUCCAUUUGUAGUGCUUCAUUUGCAUGGAGCUCACUCCUGAUUGGUCCGUUUCUACAAAGCUUCUUCCUAAUUAGUCACCUUUGUUAUACCUUAUUUGCAUAUGAUGUUACAAAGUGUGGCAAAGUCUAAACUGGUAGCCUAUAAAAGCCUGUGUAAACCUACAAACGGGGUCCAGAGCUUGGAGUGUUAACUCCUCUGGGCCCGCUGGCGUAAUAAACCCGAGUUCUCCAACUGA